CAGGGCGAACCAGUCGCUAUGUUAUUAUCCGGCCGGUGACACUUUGUUUACAGGACCCUUGUCUUAAUGUUUAGUACUGGGCGGUGAAGGUCAACAGUAUUCACCGCAUCAUGGACCACUCACAGCUCGCCGACCUGCUCGCCCAAACAAUGCCUCAGAAGGCUUCUAAUGCUUCUGGCAAUCGAGUUACUCCUUUGUCGCCUCGACAAGCGUUCCAGUCUCACGUUCGAACCUUGAAUAGCAGGCCAACCACCACCAAACCAUCGCCUGCAGCGCUUCGGUCACCCGAACUUCAACAAUUCUCCAGCCUGCAGGUCAACUCUACAAGCCCUCCCCCACGUAGCGCGGCCCGCCCGAUUGCAGUCUAUGGGUACAACGACAUAGAUCUGCGCAUUUCAAGAGACGGGCAGCCCGAAUUCGUCGCGGAGGAACGGGAGGCUUGGGCUAGGCCUUCGCCACUGAGGAUACGCAAGAGACCAUCCAACGAUGUUUACGUCCUCCAGCCGCCAGAACCAGAGACUCCCGUUAAACAGCCGAGCAAAGAGACUCGAGGGCUUCAGCAAUUUGGUCCCAUGCCGGCUACGGCAGACACGAAUGAACGACCGAAGACCAGCAGAGGGCCAGACAUAGAGCAGGGUAGUUUUGAUGAUCGUUAUCAUGAAGAGGAUCAAAAUCUGCAGUCUCGAAACUCCAAGUUCGCUGAAGGGAGCAUGAGCAAUCGAUCUGCUGGCAUCUCCUCUACCUGGCACAAGCACGGCUCCAUCAGCAGCCUUUCCGACGUGUCUGAUCACGAGCUCACUCCAAGAGCAUCCCCACAACGUUCUUCUGUUGAUGUUGAUGAAUUCAAGCCACCUGCAGUCACGCCGUCGACCCUGAAACAGCGCUUGUUCAAGAUUGGUUCUACUUUCAAACCCAAUGAAAGAGCGGGGAAGAUUGAGGACCCUUUGCCGCGUGAAAAGAAGAAAAAGGGCCUACGCAAGAGUAUAUCAAUGUGGAAUUUUUCACAUCUCGGUGACAAGAAGAAGGCUCGAGAGGCUGAUUUGGACCAUGAUCCUGCGCCACAGACAGCGACAUCGACCGUGCCAGCGCCGGGUGACAAGAAUGUGCUCAACGAGCGAAAGAGAAGAGCAGAAGAAGCCUAUGUUCAGCAAUUUGGUUCGAAGAGACGUAAAUCGACCGGUGCCCAGAUUCCUUUACCAGAACUGGCUAUUCCCCCACGACCACUUCCUGUGCCCGAAUUACCCACCAAAGCACCUCGAGGCCCCAGACGUAAGCCCAGUGUCUCAUCCUCAGCCAUUGCCACAGACUCUGAAUUAUCUGAUGACACGAGCUGCAUUGAUCACCAUAAGCGACCCACUCGACGCGAACUCGAGAAGGAAAACCAACAUCUGCGAGCGAUGCUCAAACAGCAGCAUGUACGACGCAAAUCCGACGGAGCCGGCGUCAAUGCCCCAGUCCCAGCCUGUAUCUCGCUAGAUGAAUUGGCCAAUGACGAUGACACGCCAAAGAUGCGGUCUGCCAUCACUUCUGGAAGCAAAGAGAAGCCCCCGCCAGUCCCGCCAGUGCCAGAUAGAGUGGCACUGCGGAACCUUAGCAACGUCAGGAACCAGCCCAAGAACAAGACCAGUAGUGCUAAUAGCACUUCCUCAAUCGCUAUUUCUAAUGAUAAGACCAAGACCAGGGAGCAGGAUAAUAUUGAACGACGUCCUCUGACUGACACCAACACUAUGGGACUGCCUCGACCAUUCUCGAUCAUCUUCGAGGAAGACGAGGAGGCCAUCGAGAAUAAGACGCCGACCCCGAGUCCGAAGAGGCGUGUGCUUGAACCGAGCUCGGUAGAAAAGAGAAAAGUUCGAGACCAAAUUUCAAUGCAAAUGAAGGGAGUGAGGAGAGAGCAGUGGGAGUGGCCUGAAGAUGUGUUUUGAAUGUCCAACUGAGCAACGUCCAGAGUUUUAUGAUUUACGAGACACGAAGAACAGAAUUAUGUGGAGACGAAGUGAGCGCGGAGAGGACGAAGCUGGUGAAUUUUGUAUGCCAACGAACAACGCGAUGUCGUUAUCGAUUUCACCUCGACCACUGUCAGCGCUGGUGAGGCAGACGGGAGGUCGUAGAGAUGGGGAGUGGGAGUGAUCUCGAGCAAGACGUCUCGAAAUGAAGAUGGUUAAAAGUCAGCUACAUUUAGUUUGUUUCCUUCUGCCUCAAUCAUGCAUCGUGCUUCCUUUGAGGUGUUGCUCCGUGUCAAUUGAUGAGGCCUCUUUUCACUUUAGCUUUGGCGUUUCAUCUGCUUUAUUCGUGUACAUACAUUCAAUACAAUUCUCU